UUUAUUAAUUAGGUGAAGACCACGAAGCCCUUAGAAUAGCAGCCUAUCCUACUUCGUGUGUUUUGUCAGCCGAACCCAGAGCAUCCCCCACAACAAAGGCACUGAGCAUUGCACCUCUCCCAUCCUUCAGUGGGAUCCCUGAGCUCAGGUAAGGAACAUCAGAGGUACGGAGCCCUCCUGACCAUCAUGGAGCCCACAGCUCACAGACAGCAGGAGGCAUCUACCCCUUCCAGCACGGAAACAGCAGAAGACCUUGCCUCCAAGUUAAAUGCUGCUGUCAGGAACAAUAAUAAAGAUGAUGUGCUGGAGCUGCUGGAGAAAGGGGCAGAUGUGAACUCCAAAGCCGAAAGUGGCUGGACACCGCUGCAGAGUGCUGUGCAAGCUAAUGAGGAGGACAUGGUCCGGCUUCUGCUGGACAAGGGUGCUUGUCCGCGUGCCAGGAAGGACAAUGGUGGCACUGCAUUUACUGAGGCAGCGAUAACAGGAAAUGUGAAUAUACUGGAGCUCCUCCUUGAUUGUGGGUUAAAUAUUAAUGACCAUGACGACAACGGCUUCACAGCUUUCAUGGAGGCUGCAUGGUAUGGGAAUGAGGAAGCCUUGAAAUUCCUGUAUAGCAAAGGAGCAAAUGUGAAUUUGAGGAGGGCAGUUAGUGAGGAGAAAGCAAAACUGCAUAAAGGAGGUGCGACAGCACUGAUGGAUGCUUGUAGGAGGGGCUACUUCUCGGUUGUAAAAACUCUCAUCCAAGAGAUGGGGGCUGACGUGAACAUUUGUGACAACAAAGAUAGGAAUGCCUUGAUCCAUGCCCUCAAGGAGGGCUGUGCCAAGGAAAGAUACGAGUCAGCCGUCUCCAUAGGCCACUUCCUGCUGGAACACGGUGUUGAUGUGAACAGCAAAAAUGAAUGUGGGAAGACUGCUCUCAUCCUGGCUGUUGAAAUGCAGAGCCUAGAUUUGGUGAAAGCUUUCUUGGAGAAGAGUGAAAUAGAUAUUGAUGAUGCUGAUGAAGAGGGCAACACAGCACUGAUGGUAGCUGUAGAGAAAAAGAAUUACAAUAUAGCAAAGUUGUUGUGUGAAAAAGGAGCAAGGACUGAUAUUGGGAACCUUAUUGCUGUUGCAAAUAGGAACCGUGCUCAUGACAUAGCACGUCUUCUUCGCCAGUAUCAUGCCAAGUUUGUUCCAGAAACCCUCGAAGAUUGGGAGCCAAACAGCAAAUGCUGGAAGGACCAGCUGAAAAAACUUUAUAAAAUAUAUCGCCCUAUGAUUGGCAAACUGAAGACAUUUCAAUAUAUCCAGCAGAGAAUUCAGAACACUUCCCAGGGUGGCAUCUACCUGGGGCUCCAUGGUGGGACAGAGGUAGCAGUAAGAAUAAGCCGCAGUACAGAGGGUGACAAAGAGAAAAGGUUCUUCGAACAAUGUGGUAACUGUGAACAUCUUCUGAAGCUCUUCCAGUUUGAGAAGGCAAGAGGCUACACAUACUUGUGCUUCCCCCUCUGGGAGAAAAACCUUGAAGAACAUCUGCAGGAACUAGAAGACCAAAUGGAUUACAAAGAUGCUCUGAGGAUGAUCUUCCAGGCAGUGAGAGAGCUGCACUCCCUUGGAUUUGCUCACCAGGAUCUGCAUCCCCGCAAUUUUGUCAUAGAUUUAGGUGGCAAAAUUUACUUGGCAGACUUUGAUAAUAAAAGAAAGUUGAUUGAAGGCAAGAAAGAACCUGUAAACUCAGAUUUAGAGGCCCUCAGCAGGCUGGUGCUGUAUGUUUUAAGAGGGGGUAGGAAACCCCUUCAGCAAGUCAGUACCAAGGACUUGGCUGCUGAUUCCCCAGAUUACAAGGAGGCUCUGGACCUUGUAAGUAGCCUGGUCUCUCACGAUGAACGAGGCUUGGAAGGUUUGAGCAAACAUCCCUAUUUCUGGAGCAAACAGACCAGGUUCAACUUCCUGAAGAGUAUAUGGAAUAAAAUCAAAGAUCUCCGCAACCGAAAAGCUGUCUUUCAAGCUCCUAAUGCUACUGAACGUUUUCCUUACCCGUCGUGGACCAAGGAGAUUGACAAAGACAUUCUGAGUAUCAUGCAAAAUCCCGGGAAAGGAAAAUCAUUCAAAUAUAACAACAACGUCACCGACCUGCUGAGGCUCAUCAGAAACCUGGAUGAACACCCAAAUAUCAGGAUCAGCAACAAAAUAGGAGAUCACGCUGACUAUUUCUUGAAGCUUUUUCCAGAACUUACCAUUUAUGUCUAUAACAGUUUACGCCAGAAUCCUGAAUACAGUCACUUUGCAGACAUUCAGGACCCUUCUCUGUAGGAUGUCAUUGCCUCACAUCCCAUGUCUGAACCCACCAUCACUGCCUCCUUUUGUUCCCUAUUUCUUCAUCUGCAAAAGAGUUGAAGAAAGUGGGUAAGGAGAUGGGAGAGAGCACAUGCAGGGACUGAGCAUGGAGGACUUAGACUAAGAAAUGAAAGAUGCUUCAGAAGUGUUUGGUGUAACCACCACGGGCUUUGAAAAGGAACCAAGCUGAGUGCCAGCCCAGGUCCCCCAUGACUACCUCUGUCCCUCUGGGCUUAUCUGCCUCUGUGAGGUGGAGAUCAAGGCCCUGAUCCUUAUGGAGUCUUGUGUCCUUAUGGAGAUGUGGGACAUCCCCCAUAUACCCAACGCAUCUGGGAGGCAGAAGAAGAGCUUAGCCAUUGCUAGAUACCAUAGGACUCUCUGAUAAAGGAAAAGGAGCUUGAGCUCCCUGCUAGGGCCAAUAUUCCCUACAGCUUGCACAGAGGAACUGCUCAUCUACCCCUAGAAAGACAGGGAUUCUCUCUUGUCAGUCUUUUUGAAACACAGCAGCCAAAAAAUGAGAUGCCUAAGCGAUGGUCUGGCUGCAGAGUUGCCCUUGGCCC